AAAAAAAAAAAAAAAAAAGUCUACCUCUUAGCCCCACGCCCACGCUCAACAUCCACACACCAAGGAGCCCAUCUCACCUCCUCCCCGGUUAAGGCUCAGUCAUCAUGUCGAUACUGCACCUCGUGCCGGUGAUCACGUCCACGGUGUCACUAUGGUUCGCCUUUGACCAGUUCUUCUUCCUCGGAAUCUUCCUGAACAAGAAGGUCGAGCCGUACACCAAAGAGGUCAUCACCCCGUACUGGAACACCAUGAUCAACACCGGCCUCCCUGCCAUCAUCCUGCCGCUCCUCGGCACCAUAGCCUCCACCACCGCCAUCCUCACCACCACCUCCGAGGAGGUCCUCCGCGCGAAGGGCUCCUUCGGGUGGUACAUUGCCAGCACCGCCCUUGCCGCUGCGCACUUCGGCUUCGUCCCCAUUAUUAUGUCCCAGAUCAAGGGUUUGCAGAACGGGGGGUUGACGCCCGUUCUGCGACGGUGGAUGGUGAUUCACGUUACCCGCAGCGUCACUGUCGAUCUUUUCUGCUGGAUCACUUGCAUUGUUGCUAGUUCCAUGACUUUGUCGGCUUGAUUCCAGAACAUCAGGGCGAAUCCUGCGGCGCGGCUUUCGGGGUGUAGGAAAGUCGCUCGACGCUCGGUGUUGGAGCGGGGUUUGUCGGAGGAUUUGAUGUGGAUGCCGGGGGCGGCGGCGGCGGCAAGACGUGGGAAGAAGACGAACAGAGGCUGGCGGUGCUGCGUGCAGGCCAAGGUCGGGUCAACGGUACCAUGUCGGCUCAAUGGGACGGUAUCGGCUGAAUGUUAUAAUGUCGGCGUGAUCAAAUAGGUUGUUUGAGCCGUAGUAAGCAGGUCUGCAUUUCUGAUAUUGAUCCUUUGGCGCCGAAUUCGGCUCAGCGGUUUUGUCCCGUUCGCUAAGAUAGGUUUGGGCUCUUUGUUCGGCGGAGCGGACUUUGCUUGUGGAGUUUAAGGCAGUUGAGGUACGUACGUUUAUGGAGCUCCGUUGUAUGCAACCAGUAAGGUAAUCAACAACCGAGUACCUCAAGGUAUAAAGUUCCUAAUCAAGGC